CUUGUUGUCGAGUCGACCUUUCAGAGUUGCCGUUUUACUGUGUAAAUGUAGAGUUUCGGUAUUGUUGGAGCUUAGUGUACAUGAGCCAGGGGGCUGAGCAUCAUUCUUACUGUACAGCGACUGCGCACUAAACUAUACACUGAUUUUCUGGUUUCGGACGUCGCUUUUAGAGGAAAUUCACUUCAGCUGUUCUUUAUUUAAAAGUAUAUCUUAUCCCACCUUGUGUUGUGCUGACAUAUCUAAGUAUUUCCGUGAAGUUUUAAUGUUGUUUGUUUGUGGAUUUAACGCCCUUUCCCCCCCCCAGAGUCAUGUCAGGAUUUCUGGACGGAAUCCGGUGCGGAGACUGUGAGUGUAAUGUGGACUGGGGCGAGAGAAGAAACACCAUCGCAUCUGUAGCUGCUGGAGUUCUGUUCUUCACUGGUUGGUGGAUCAUCAUCGAUGCAGCAGUGAAAUAUCCUCUAGAGGGAGAUUUUCACCAUGCCUAUCACACAUGUGGAGUCAUAGCUACGGUGGCAUUCCUCAUGAUAAAUGCGGUUUCAAAUGGACAGGUGAGAGGAGACAGCUACAGUGAAGGCUGCAUGGGACAGACAGGCGCUCGAGUGUGGCUCUUCAUUGGCUUCAUGCUGGCUUUUGGCUCACUCAUUGCCUCCAUGUGGAUCCUGUUUGGAGGAUUCGUAGUGCCUGCGAACAAGCCUGUCUACCCUGGUAUUGCCAUUUUCUUCCAAAAUGCAUUCAUUUUCUUCGGGGGUUUGGUCUUUAAGUUUGGACGUACAGAGGAUCUUUGGCAGUAAUGGACUGUGUGUGUUGUUGUCCACGGUCACACACUCUGCUUUCUUUACUGUAUGAGACAGUAUGCUUCGGUGGUUAUAUUCUUUAUAUAUAAACUUUUU